ACGAGGUGACGGCACGGCGGGAGGACCACGGGCAGAGCAUCACCUGCCACGCACAGCUCGACCUGCGGCCGUACGGCCCGCUGUUGAGCAGCACCUCCACGGCACAGCUGGUGGACGUCUAUGACUUUCCCGGACCCCCCCACGCUGACCUCAUCCCCCCCAGUCCUCCAAACAACAACCGACGUCCGCCUGGAAACUGGCGAGGAGCUCAACCUGACCUGCAGCGUCCAGAACACCUUCCCUGCAGCCAACAUCACCCUGCUGCUGGAUGGGGAACCACUGCAGCCACAGAGCGAGGACAGUCAGAGCGUGGGGGUCUGGGGGCUGCUGUGGGGUCAGCCCGGAAAGCACAGAUGUGUGUGCAGGGUGAGAGUGGGGCCUGAGGAACGGAGCACGGAGCUGGUGGUGAACGUUUAUGAUUUCCCCACGCCUCAGCUCAGCGUCAGCACCGACGUCCCCGUGGCGAUGCAAAACGUGUCGGGAAGCUGCGAGCUGCCAGGAGGGCACAGGGAGGGCAUCGAGCUGCGGGUGACGGUCGGGCAACGGGUGUUGGUGCCCUGGGGGCCAUCGCCGCUGCUUUUCACGCUGCUGGUGACAGAGGGGCACGACGGCUCCGAGCUGCGCUGUGAGGCCAAAGUGGAGGGCAGAGCUCCGAAAUGGAGCGACGUCGUGAGGCUGAACGUCAGCGCCCCACCCCAUAUGGACGACCAACUCUGCCCCCCAACUCACACCUGGACAGAGGGCCAGGAGGUGAAUCAGUGGUGCCGUGCACGAGGAAAACCCAACCCGGUGGUGACGUGUCACAAGGAUGGCACCAUCAUCCUCGUGCAACAGCUGUACGUCAUCAGCCGGAACCACAAUGGGACGUAUUGGUGCAACGCCAGCAACGCCUUGGGCUCAACUGGACGGAGUGUCAGCGUGAGGGUGGAGUACUGGCACGUCAACGUGGGCCUUUUGGUGGCACUGGCAGUGGUGGCGGCAGUGCUGGCUGCGGUUGGGACUGUUCUGUACCGCCUGUAUUACCAUAAGAAGAAGAUCCGUCAGUACAAGCUGCAGAAGGAGCAGCAGCGCCUCUUGGCCUUGGGGGGCUUCUCGGAUGGGGCUGCAGCCUCCCCAAAUGGGUCGGCCCCAGGGGCACAACUGUAGCACCCAUGGGUGCAGGGUGGGAACGUCCCAUGGGACCCUCGGAGGGGUGAGCAGACUGACAGCAGUGUGAUGGGGGUGGUGGUACCCGAUGCAGGGCAUCUAUAGGCACACAGCUGGUGGUACCUCAUGGAGGACACUGUGACAAUGUGAUGGUGCCCCAUGAGUGACACCUAUAGGGACACAACCAGUGGUACCCGAUGGGGGACAUCUAUAGGGACACAGCUGGUGGUAGCCCGUGAGUCACACCGAUAGGGACACAACCUCUGGCACGGUGACAUCACAGUGGUGUCACCCAGUGGGUGAGAACAGAUAUCACAAUGACUUCAUGUUGUCCCCCCAACACCUGGUUGGCCCAGGGUCAGGGGGCCCCCUUGGGUUCUGGUGAUGAAGAUGAGGAUGAUGAGGGUGCAGCAGGUGUUGUGUGCUGAUAAAAAGCGGGGGUGACAACUGUGGUGUCCUCCCCAGACUCUUCCCAGACUUCCAUCACCAGCACCAUGUGCCAUCGGGGCCAUACUGGGGGGCAGUGGGUGCUAAGUGGCACUGAGUGUGGGGUGGGGGUAUGAGCAGGGGUUUGGGACCAGGAUGUGGCUCCACUUUCAUCCUUCUCAAUAAAACUUUGAUUUUUAAUUUGCA